AUGAGAAUUGUGUACAACCCUGGGACUAUUGUUUAUGUAGAAGAUCAUGCUUUAACCAAGCCUUCUUACCAACCCAAACAAACUAUCUCACAGUUCUUUUUGCCUUCUACACCAGGAGAUUGGAUGGAUAUUGCCCAGAAAUUUGAUGAAUGUUGGAAUUUCACCAAUUGUGGAGGAACAGUAGAUGGGAAGCAUGUCAGAAUAGUUCCAUCUGCCAUCUCUGGUUCAUACACAGCACAGCAAACAGACUCUGCCGAGCAGUCAAGUAACCAGGAUUCUAACCAAGAUUCAUCUGGUGAAGAAUACAAUAUGCUUGGCCGUGAUUAUGCAAGUUUCGAUCUGGAGAAUGAUACUUCUGAUGAACUGCAAGGUGCCUCUGCUUCAAAGGAACAGGCGGCAAACGCUACUGGAGGCACCUCGUGGUACUAUAAUCAGAGGAAUGCGUAUGAUCAGAGUGCUGCAGACUCUUCACAGGUUACAUUUAUUGCCCCAACAACGGUUCCUGUUCUAAGAAGUGCAGUCUCAGCUCACAACAACCAAGUUUGUAGCACAUGGGGUAACUCCUACUUCAAAACUUUUGAUGGAGAUAUAUUUUAUUACCCUGGCACUUGCAACUAUCUGUAUGCUUCAAACUGCAAGAACAGUUAUGAGGCAUUUAACAUCCAGAUCAGACGGACCAUAGUGAACAGCCUUCCCGUCAUUAGCCACAUCAUUAUGACGAUAGACGGGCUCUUGAUUGAAAUUACCAAUGGAACCAUUGCAUUUAAUGGCGGACAGGUGGAUCUACCAUACAGUUUCUCUGGGGUCCAGAUUGAUAGAAUUGGCAUGUACAUCAGGGUUGUUGCCAAGAUAGGUCUGGAAUUUAUGUGGAAUGAAGACGAUGCAAUUUUGUUGGAGCUGGGUACUCAGUUUGCCAAUCAGACUUGCGGCCUUUGUGGAGAUUUCAACGGCAUUCCGGUUUACAAUGAAUUUAUUAUAAACAAUGCUCAGAUGACUCCCAUUCAAUAUGGAAACAUUCAGAAAUUGAAUGGGCCGACGGAAACGUGUCAAGACCUAACAGUUCAGGUCCAAAAUAACUGCACAGACUCUAGAAGACUGUGUGAAGUGAUCCUGACAAACUCUGCGUUUUCCUCGUGUAACCAUCUCCUAGACCCCUCUUUAUACAUCAAUGCUUGUGUACAGGAUCUGUGCAGAUGUGCACAAAAUGCAACCGGAUUUUGCCUUUGUAGUACGUUCACUGAAUAUUCCCGCCAAUGUGCUCAUGCUGGUGGGCAGCCUAACAACUGGAGAACUGCCAAACUGUGCCCUCUUCAAUGCAGCUACAACCUGGAGUACAGAGAAUGUGGAAGCCAGUGUCCUGACACUUGUAGUAACCCUGAUCGCUCGUCAGUCUGCGAUAGUCACUGUAUUGAUGGAUGCUUCUGCCCUGCAGGAACUGUAUUUGAUGACAUCAAAAACACUGGCUGUAUUCCCAAGCAGCAGUGUGCCUGUACUUACAAUGGAAAGGUCUAUAACUCAGGCACUGGAUAUUCAGUUCAAUGUCAAGUUUGUACCUGUGCCAAUGGAAAAUGGAAAUGUUCAGAACAAGACUGUCAGGGAACCUGUUCAAUUGAGGGAGGAUCUCAUAUAAUCUCCUUUGAUGCAACACGUUAUAACUUCCAUGGCGAUUGCUCCUAUGUCCUAUCUAAGGUUUGCAACAACAACUCAUUCAGUGUGCUGGGAGAACUGCUACAAUGUGGUCUGACUACCACUGAGACCUGUUUAAAGAGUAUCACCCUCAGUUUAAAUAAUGGAAAUGAUCUUGUUUAUAUAAAACCAUGCGGCAGUGUGUACGUGAACUCAAUUUAUACUCAGCUACCCAUCUCGACAGCCAGUGUCACCAUUUUUUUGCCUUCAUCAUUCUACAUCAUUGUACAAACUAAGAUUGGGAUCCAAAUUCAAGUCCAGCUCAUCCCCAUUAUGCAGUUGUACAUCAGACUCGAUCCAGUCUAGAAGAAUCAAGUGUGUGGUCUCUGUGGCAACUAUAACAGCAUUCAAGCUGAUGACUUCCAAGUUCUUAGUGGAGUUAUUGAAGGCAGUGCUUCAUCCUUUGCCAACACCUGGAAGACCCAAGGCAGCUGUCCUAACAGUGUAACCAGCUUUGAAAAUCCAUGCUCCCUUAGCGUUCAAAAUGCGCAAUAUGCUACUCACUGGUGCUCAAUGAUAAGCGAUCCUGAUGGUCCUUUUGCUGCAUGCCACCAGAGAGUUACUCCUGACACCUACCAGUCGAACUGUAUGUACGAUUCAUGCAAUUAUGCCAACAGCGAGGACAGCAUGUGUGCUGCACUGUCUGCUUAUGUACAUACCUGUGCCAAAGCAGGAAUUUUACUGAAAGGAUGGAGAAAAAAUGUCUGCCAGACGUAUACAACCACAUGCCCCAACACCUUGACCUACAGUUACAACGUAAAGACCUGCCAGAACACCUGCCGCUCCCUCAGUGAACACGACAUCACCUGUGACAUCUCUUUUGUUCCUGUUGAUGGCUGCAUUUGCCAGAAUGGAACCUACAUGGAUGACAGUGGAAUAUGUGUGCUUCAGUCCUCUUGUCCUUGUUAUUACAAGGGUUCGGCAGUACCUCCAGGAGAGGUGGUCCAUCAGAAUGGAGCCCUGUGCACAUGUACUUUGGGAAAACUGAACUGCAUUGGACAAAUAACUCCAGUGGCUGCAUGUCGGGCACCCAUGGAGUACUUUGACUGUACCAACGCAUCUGUAGGCACAAAGGGAUCGGAGUGCCAGAAGAGUUGCCAAACCCUUGACAUGACUUGUUACAGUGCACAGUGUGUGUCAGGCUGCAUCUGUCCACGUGGACUGAUAGCUGAUGGACAAGGAGGAUGCGUGAGAGAGGAACAGUGUCCUUGUAUACACAACAAUAUCCCCUAUAGUCCAGGAGCCACAAUCCAGAUCACGUGCAACACUUGCACCUGCAAUAACAGAAUAUGGAGCUGCACAAAUGAGCCCUGUCUGGGCACCUGUUCUGUAUAUGGCGAUGGCCACUUUCUCACCUUUGACAGUAAAUUAUAUGACUUUGAUGGAGCCUGUGAAUAUACAUUGGCUCAGGAUUACUGCACUGGUGACCCCAACAAUGGAACUUUCCGUGUCAUGGUUGAAAAUAUCCCAUGUGGUACUACAGGAACCACCUGUUCUAAAUCCCUCAAAGUUUACCUUGGAAAAGAUGAACUGAUACUUAAUCAAGAUACAUUUGAGAUUGUGAAACAAGAUUCUGGAAAGUACAUACCAUACAAGGUCCACCAGAUGGGUAAAUACAUGGUAAUUGAAGCCCUUAAUGGAUUGAUUCUGACGUGGGACAAGGGAACCAGCAUAUACCUCAAACUGGAUUCAAGCUUCCAGGGUAAAGUCUGUGGUCUUUGUGGUAACUAUGAUGGAAAUUUUGUCAAUGACUAUACAACCAGAAGUAUGGCUGUGGUUGGAGAUGUUCUGGAAUUUGGUAAUAGCUGGAAAAUGUCUCCCAGUUGCUUGGAUUCUGUGAAUACAGUAGAUCCCUGCUCUUCCAACCCAUACAGACAGGCCUGGUCACAGAAACAGUGCAGUGUUAUCACAAGUGAUACAUUCUCAAACUGUCACUCCCUGGUGAACCCACUGAACUAUUAUGAUGCUUGUGUAAAUGAUGCUUGUGCCUGUGAUACUGGUGGGGAUUGUGAGUGCUUAUGUACUGCUAUAGCUGCAUACGCCCAAGCCUGCAGUGAGGCCGGAGUCUGUGUCAGCUGGAGAAACCCAAACUUGUGUCCCAUUUUCUGUGAUUUCUACAAUGGCGGGGAAGGACACUGUGAGUGGCACUACAACCCAUGCGGUGUUCAAGGUUCUGAGUGCAUGAAAACCUGCAGGAACCCUAAUGGAACAUGUUACCAUAAACUGGCAGGCCUGGAAGGAUGUUACCCUAAGUGCCCAAAUGAAAGACCCUAUUUUGAUGAGGAUAAAAUGGAAUGUGUUGCAAUAUGUCCAUGCUAUUCAAUUAAUGGAACACUGUACGAGGUUGGUCAAAAGAUGCCUCGUGAUGAGCGUGACGAUAACUGUACAACCUGGUUUGUACUACAUACUUAUUGUAUAGAUCAGCUGAAUAUAGAGGAAUUGUAUCAUCCUCAUCUCCCCAAAGCCUCUAAUGAUUUGACUGAAUCCUGA